AAAGUGAUACGCUUGUGUCGUCACGGCGCAAAAUGGCGGUAGAUUUAGCCUCUUAACUUGGAGACGGAUAAUCACAAUACAAAUUCGUUACGUUUGUUGAGAUAAAAAAUGUGUACAUUAUGCUGGAAAUGAAACGAGUUGAACUAACUUCUGUCCAGUCGCCAUCUAAACAGAAAAAAGUUCCGAAGAAAAAAGAUACGUACAGAUUUACGUUGUCACUUAGUGAAUCCACACUAACAACAUGUCCAGAGUUCUCCCUUGCGGACUUAAUUAAAAAUCAAAGGGUAACCAGUGAACCUUUUGACAAUGUGGAUGAUGAUGAUGAUAGUGAUGUUGCUGCCAUCGCUCAGAGAUUUGAAGCAAAAUAUGGGCCAAAAGCUUUGCAUGCUGGAAAAAAGAAACGGACCCAAGAAAUGGAUGACUAUUAUGACCUUGGGGAGGGAUAUGAUGAGGAGGAUACAUUUAUUGACAAUACAGAGGCUUAUGACGAAGUUGUUCCAUCCACCUUAACAACUAAACAUGGAGGUUUCUACAUUAACACUGGCAAAUUAGAUUUUAAAUCAUUGCAUGAAGAUUCUGUUGAUGAAGUCAUCAGUUCUCCAAUUGUAAAGAAAAAAAAGAAAAAGAGAUUAAUCAAUUCAGACAGUGAAGAGGGUGACUUUGAAGAAACUGGUGAAUCUUUAACGAAAAAGUUCAAAGCUAUGAAGCGAAAAAAAUUGUUAGAAAGUAAAGAGAAUGAGAAGAAAAAGAGAAAGCUAACCAUUGGUCCAGAUGGAGAGAUGAUUGUUAAGAAAAAGAAAAAGAAACAUUUGGAAAAAAUACAAAAAAUGGAUGGAAAAGUCCAUCCUGAACCAGAAGCUCCACCUUUGUCAACUCCCACCAUCACUUGUACACCAGUAGCAGUAGUUACUCCAACAGUAACAGAACCAACUACAACAGCGACAAGUGUAGUCACUAAUGGUGGUGAUCAUGACACCACAGCCAUCAAAGAUUUUAAAACAUCCAUAGAGGAAACAUUCAAUGCUAUUCUGACAAUGAAAGAAGACUCUUCCAGCAAAUCUGGGGAAGAGGGGAAGGGAGAGCAGCAGUCUACAGAAAAGAAUACUCAGUUACCAUCUCAGCUACCUGUAGAACUUGUUGAGGCCAUAGACAACAUUAAGAAGGAAGCACGAGAAAACAAAGAAGGAAAAAUGAAAUUUUUUUCUGCAGACAUCAACAAGUUGCUUUUAGACAUAGAACUUGGCACAAGAAACUUGCCAUGGGGCAGCAGGACAGCCAUUUAUAAACAUUUAAGUGAACAUUUGCCUUGUGGCACUCAUGCACUUCAGAGGAGAGCUAAGAAACUGAGAGAACUACAACAGGAGGACCAGCUGAAAGUACCAACUCAAAAAUUGAAGGAAGCUAUUAUGAAAGAAAUGCCAGCCUUAGAAGAACAACAUGAGCUUGAUGUAGCAAGGGCUAAGCUGGGAGCUGAGUUAAAGGAUGAAAACAUUGAGGCUUUGAAAGAGGAAGCUUCUACUGAGAGUGAGGAGGAAGACAAAACAGAAAGCAAUAAAAAGAAAACUCGUGGACCUCGUCGAAAAUUUCAGUGGACAUCAGAGAUUAAGGCGUUACUGCUGGAGAUUGUUUCCACUAAAAUGAAAUUGUAUAAUACUUGUAAAACUAGAAACCAGACAGCUGAAGAAUACCUCAAAGCCUAUUUAGAUGCAGAUAUUAAGCCCAUAUGGCCACAAGGCUGGAUGCAAACAAGAAUGCUCUAUAAAGAAAGUCGCUCUGCUCAUGAAGAUAUGACAAAAGGCAUUACCUCUCAGCCAAAACCAAAAAAGAGCUCUUGUCAGUCAUCGACUCCUUCCAGUGAACUGAGCCAUUCUGUAACUACAGAUACAAGUCGUAUUCAUGUCUCCAAAACAGAAGAUGUGAUUGAAAUCACAGAUGACAGGACAGAUACAGUAGUCGUGAACUUGUCAAACUCUGACCCAUUGACUGCCUCCUAUGGGAGUCAACCAAAGAUAACUGAUCUCUCCCAAGGAGACACACUGACUCCUAGUGUACGUCCUGGGAAACAGUCUGCUGGUAGAUCUGUACCAUCUACACCACCUCCCUGGGUUGUAUUACAGCCAACAAAUGUUGUAAACUUGACUCAGAAAUAUAAUGACAGCUCCACCCCAGUGAGUACCAAGAGAAUAACUCCAAUGUCAGUGACUGAUGCCUCGUAUAUGCCAUCAUCACCGUCAUCCCCUAGAACUACCUCAGCUCCCAAAGUUUCAACACCUGCAGUUUCAUCCUCAGGUUUACCAGAUGCUCUUAUUUCAUCAGGACAACCUGUUAACAAUCGUUCAUUCCUAUCAGCAUUUCAAAAUUUUACUAGUACCUACCCACAAUCUGAGUUACCUGCAGCAGCAUCACAGCAAAAAUUUGGCAGCAGUCUUCAGGAACCUUCAACAUCCAAAGAUGUUGGUCAGUCAGUCCAUUCAAAAUUAGGACCUAAGACCCAACACUUGACUGCAUCUUUAAUUCAGCAAAAAUUACCUCAAGAAUCCAAACCUGGCAACCUUUCUCAGCAAAAGGCAGCAGUAAAAUCUUCUUACUCAGAGGUUGUGAAUAAGGACAUUCCAAAUUCUUCAUGGAGUAAUGUUAACUCUGUAGUGUCCCCCAUUGUCAGUGUUCCUCGAUUAGCAAGUACCUCUCCAAAAAGCAUAGCAACUUUUAUUGAUAAGGAGAUCAAUGCUAAAUUGUCUCAAUCCAUUCAGAAACAGGUGCUACUACACCAGGAGAAGCAGCAAGCAAAGCAGCACAAUUCUGUUGAUAGGAUCAAGACUCUUCAGAAUGUUCAAAAUAAAAAAAAGCAGCCAAAUGCUCCUGGACAAACAAAUCUUGUAAACUCCACUAACUUGAAUAUGUCACUUAUGGAUAACAAAUCCUUAUAUUGUAACUCUGUGUCUUCCUCAAAUGACAUUAUGCAGCAUCAGAGAAACAUCCCAGCAAGCCAGGCUGUCAGCAGUACCUCUGUUCCCAAAUCGAUUUCAAAUCCGCUAAUAAAAACUUCUAACACUGGGUCCAGUAUGCAGCCUAUGCACGGAAUUGUUCAAGGAACUGGCACCAAGCCUUCAGAGCAUAUAGCUAGUCAUAUUCAACAAUGCAAGGGAAGUAAGCAGCCCAACAUUCAAAAGACUUUUGAUCAGAUAUCAUCUACAAAAAGUCUAAAGGCACCAACAGUUUCUAAAUCCUCACCUGCUUCUUCACCCCUGAGUCAGUCCUUAUUACUAAGUAGUCCUUUAUUACCUCAAUCUCGGGGCAGCACCCCAUCUCCACAAAAAUCUCCAGAGAACCAUUCAUUAUCACUUUAUGAGCAAAUUCAGUCACAAAUACUAAAACAGGAAGCCAUGGAGGGACAAGCACUGAAAAAUUUGGCAAUGGCUUUAAACUUCAGUAGUGGUUCUUCAAACUCUGCCUUUAGAGGAACGAUGCCUGCAACUGUCAGGAAAAGUGUUGAAAGUGAUUCUGUCAAAACUGCAAGCCCUGUCCUUGACAGUAAACCAAUGAAUUUAACCAAUGACAUGGCUAGAAUGCAUGAUAAUUUGAUGAAUCUAAAGCCAACAGCAGCAGUCUCAAUUUCUCAACCAGAUAUACUGGUUCACAAUAAUCCUGUUAAAAAUAUUUCCAUGGCUAGUCAGCCCAGGGGUAGCAACACACCAGAAAAGCAUUCUGCAUCAAUGAGUGCAACAGAAACUGGUGCUUUGUUCUCAGGCACUGUGCAGUCUAAAGAAGAAGUAACUGGAAGACAAAGUGGCAAGAUUUCAGAAGCAGUAGUUCAUGGGAAACAAACAAAUAGGGAAGAUCCUAAUUUUAAGAAGAGCCAACAAAUUUCUGUGUUAUCAAUGAAAUCUAAAGAAUUGUCAGCCUCUAGUUUGCACCCACAGGCAGUAGUGGAUUCAAGUAAAACAUUCAAGCAACCAAUGGAAGUGUAUAGAGUUGUCUCUCCUUCAAUGAUCAAAUCCUCCCUAAGUAGAAGUAGCUGCAGUCCUAGCCCAUUUGUUGUAUCUACUGAUUUGAAGCUUCCCAUGAAAAAGACAGAACACAGCUUACUCAACUCAACAUUCAGUAACUCUCAGUUUCCACAAAAGUCUAGUACUAUUAGCAGCAAUACUUCUUCACUUCAAGAAUCUUUAAUAACAUCUCAUUUGCAAGAACAGCAUCCUAAAUUGUCUAAAGAGACCCAAAAAUAUAGUUAACUGUCAGUGUAUAUUUAUUUAUCUAAUAUAGAAUUAUAUUACACAGGUAUACAGUACAUAUAAACAUUAAAAUGCAGCUAUCAUAAUUGUUAUAGCCAAUAAUCAUUACAUUAAAAAAAAAACUGAAUAAAAAAAAUAAAUACAGAUAGUCCUCAUUCAAUAACUGGUCUGCUUAAUGACUACUCAACUGACCCAUUUUUUUUUGUACAAUGAAAUUUAAGUUUCCACAUUUGCAUGGCCAACCAACAGAUACUUUUUUGACAUGUGUGUAAACUGUACUGUAAUGUAAUAUUUAUAGUUCUAUAGUUUGAUCAAUUUUUUUUUUCUGUUAAUAAAACAUGUACAAGCUGAGUUUCCUUUAGACUACCUUAGAUUAGUGUACCUUUAUACUACAGAUAUUAUUAUUAUUUUUUAAAAUGUUUUAAUAUAUAACAGCUAUUCUAAAGAAUACAGGUACAAUGUAUAUAUGGUAAAACACUUAUUUUCAAAUUAUUUUUAUAUCACAAACAUAGCAAAUAACUGCAGUAGCAAUUGAUUAAUUCUGUACACAUACAAACACAGUAGGUAGGUGCGUGGAAGAGAAAAAAACAUAAGACAUGUUACAUAAAUUCCAAGUUAAAGUUGCCUAUCAUCAGACUUGCUUAACAUGGCUGUUUGGAUUGAACAGGGGACUAUGUGUAAAUUUAGUUCAAUUUGUUUCUUGUAAGAUGAUGAACUUUCUGGUCCACGAACACUUUUUUUUGUUCUUAAAAGAUUUGAUUUAAUGCAGAUAAUAGCCCAUGUUACUACCACAUUGUCACAUGGGCUCUUGGUUGAUUGAGAUGGCACUAGACUGUUGGGUUAUCUAAUUAAAACACUUUCAAUAUUAGUGCAGCCAAUUUUGCUUGACCAACAUUAAGAACCGUUAGCUUCCUAAGAUAGUUAUGUCUAAUUAUUUUCAAUUAUUAAAAAAAAAAGUCACUUUUAAAUUUAAGAGAGAAAGGGAAAGGAUAAUUGGAUGUAUAUUUCAAAUAGCAUUAAUACCUUUCAAGCAUUUUAUCAUACACUUCUACAGAGGAAGUUGUUUAGAAUGUUUUAGUGUAUUGUUGUAAGCUUUCCCUUAUUAUGUUAGAUUAUUACUUGUUUUCAUAGUACACUUUUCUUCCUGUGCAAUGGUGACAGCUUUGGUGACAAGAAUCUGCCUGAUAAUGGGAUCAUUUUGAUUUGAUAUUUAUAUAUAAUACGUAUUACUCCUGACUUGUGGAAAUGUGUAUUCUCAAAUCAAAGAAUUGUCUGUAGUUCAUAUUGAUGGACAAUACUAAGAACUUCAAAAUUCUCUUGAGAAAAUGGUAAUAUUAGUAAUGAGAGCUAUUCCAAAGCAUAAUGUGGUUCAAAGUAGUUUUAUAAAAAGCUAAUAUCUAAUUUAAUCAAUUUUUAGAGAAAAAAAAAAGACUGUCUUGAAUACAUAUUACAUCCCCGAAGUCCUUGAAAUGUCAUGAGCUUAGCUUGUUUUAGAUUCAUUGAAAACUAUCUAAAAAUAUUUUAGGUUAUAAUUAGUCCAGUUUUAUUAAGUAGACUAAUAAUUCAUGAAUAUUCACAGUACAUAAAGAGUCUAAGGCAUUUAAUAUAAAUUUAUAUCUUUUCUUUCAAUGCAGUCAUAUUAAAAGGGCAUACAUACAAAGUACACACUUCUUCUAGCCAGCUUUUUGCUGCUGAGCUGUGAGCUCUUUUGCAGACUGUGCCAAGGAAAAAAAGUGUGCUGUUCUCUUCAGUUGUUCAGCACUGCUGUACAGGGUGUUGGUUAUGUUGGGCUGUAGUGGUAGUAGGGUCUGCCUAAAGUAGAUUAGGAAGGGGCAUUCAAAAAGGAUAUGGUUUACGGUUUCAUAAGGGUUGGCGCAGUGUCUACAAAUGGGGAGUUGUUUGGCAUUAGUUUUGUUAAGAUGGUAAUUUAACAGAGGUGUGUGUCCUGUCCUUAGUUGGAAGAUUGUAGAUUGCUUUUUGCGGGGGAGGAACUUAAUACUGUCCAGUUUGUUAGGCAUGUUCAUUUCUUUUUACAUUGCUCUGCCUGUGUUUCCUGAUGCCCAUUCGUUGAGCCACUCCUCUCUGUGAUUGUUGACUAACAUUGACCUUAGGGUGAGGUAGUCAACAAGUCUAUCUGGUUGUUCCAUAGAUGAUCCUGCCUUUGAUAGUUUAUCGGCCUUUUCAUUUCCCAUGAUGCCAAUGUGCCACAAAGUACACACACAUUUCCAAAGCAAGCUUUGACAUCUCCAAAGAUGGAUCAAGAUGAAUAGUUCUACAUUUUGUUAAUAGCUAUUCACUGACCUCUAUAACCCCCACAACAGUCUGCUGCUCUAAGCUAAUAGGAAUAUAUAUUAUUUAUUGUAAACUACUCUAGCUUAAUAGCAGUACCUUGUCAGAUUUAUUGUUUCCUUAACACUAUAUAUCUGGUACAACAGUUACUUAAUUUAUUAAUUCCCUGUUGAUUUUUUUCUUUUGUUCGAUUUUUUACCUUUUCUUUUUUUUUUUUCUUUCUCUUUUUUUAUUUCAGGACUAGGACAAGACUUUGAGAAAUUUUAGCAGUUGACUUUAUGGUUAAUUUCACAAAUUGACUAAUAAAAUUAAAUCUAAGAAGUGAGCUUAUGUGUAGACUAUGACUAUUGUAUAGCAGACUAUAAUGUUGAAAUGUUUUUGUCAGUAAUAGAAAUAUUUAGCUACUUGCUUGUAUACAAAUAUUCCCCCCCUCCCAAUAAAACCUCUAGAGACUUUAGGUCUCAAUAAUUUAUGUAAUUUAAUACUUAUUUUGAAGGAAUAGUAGUUUUUGUUAUCUCUGAAUAAAAUACUUUUCAAGGGUUACUUUUAAAAACUCCAAACAUGUAAGUAUCAAAACCAUCUUGAACUGGUUUGACAGGUACGAAACCUUUUCGAAAACAAACUGUAGGCAAUGCACAUUCUUGGGUUAUAUUCUAUGACCACUGUGGACUUUUAUUUUCGUUAUUUCUAGUCUGUUACAAAUACAAACAAAUAUCUUGUGAAGCAAUAUAUGCUGAUUAGUUGUGAUGAUGAGUUGAAUGUAUUCUCUAUUAUUUCCAUGUUUUGUUUCCCUUUCAAUCUUUCAUUUGUAACUAAUGCCAGUCUAAGUCUUGGUUGGAAGUCAAUAUUAUUGCUUAAGUACUAGAGUAUAUGAGUCCAUGGAGGAUCCAUUUCUCUAGUGUUUCAUUUCCAUAGGUCAGUCAGACAUAACUCAGGUAACAAUGUCAUGGCUUAUCAAAAGAUCUAAAUCAUAGUUCCUGACACCAUUAAUGCUCUUAACCUUCUUCUAACUAGUGACUUUGUUCAGGCUGGAAAAAGUGUGUUUUUUUGUCUCUAAUUCAGUCUUCCAUGUGGUCUAUCAUUGAACAGUCUUUAUUGCUCUUUUUCAUUCAAAGCUGCUCAAGUCUUUCACAAGUAAAUGUUUUAAUACUAUGUGCUGUUUGGUUCAAAUGUUUUCAGCCUUCUGCAUAAAUAAUGAUUGGAUGAGAUUCUGUUUAGUAGUUUCAAUCCUUGACUGUUGAACAUUUACUCUUGAUUCAAGUUUCAUUAUUUAGAGCUUACUUAUUUAGAACAGAGACAUAAGGCUAUAUAGUUAAAUGUAUAGAUAUCUAUAUAGUUUAUGAACCAAAGGUUUUAACAUAUUUUAUGUAUGUGGAUCAUGUCAUGAUAUAAAACUAAUUAGUUUUGUUCUUUAGUGAUACUGGUAUUAAGACACGCAAGUCAGUGAUAUUAAACAUUUUGGUCACAAUUCAAAUACAACUACUCCCCUGUUACAAAGUAAAAGUUUUCUAUUUCUGAAUAGAAGAACCAAAAUAAAAGUGGUUUGGGCAGUAAAGGGUAAAUAGUCUGCUUUUCUAAGGACAGCAGAGCUAAUGUUAAGAAGUACUUGAACCUAUCCAGUUGGUUGUUUCUAAUCCUAACAUAAUUCAAAGAGUUUUUUUUUUUCCAAUGAACCAAAUUGUAGUGGUACUUCCUUUGACUCCUGAGUUAUUUCAAAAUAGUUUGUUGCUUAAAAAUACCUCCUGAGGAGGUAAACCAUUCAAAUAAUAUCAACUAUUAUCAGGAUACUUUCAACUGUGUUAUGUUCAUUGAUUUGAUUUCUGGAAAUAUUACUUGUAUAUAGAUCUAUAUAUGUUUUCUUUUGAGCUGUAAAAGUCAUUUGACUUUUCCUAUGAAGUAUAAUUCACAUUUUGCUUUUGAAAUCUUGUGAUGUAAAGUGUCUGUAGCUUUCAACUGAAUAGUUUGACUUUCUGAUGCAUUCUUUAUGUUCUAAAUGUGUACUACAAGUAAUAACAUGUUACUGAAUGUAUUGUUGUUCACAUCUAGACUUGUGUCUAGUCUAAAGUCUAUUAAAUGGCCAAUAAGAUUAUAAAAAAUGUUUCAAUUGCAUGAAAAUAAAGGUUCGUGUCUAUAAUUAAAAA